UUUCUCCUUUUUCUUUAUUCUCUUCUUUUCCUCUAAUCCAGACUCUAUAGUACCGGCUUUGUUUUCUUGUUUAAUUCAUUGUUUGGUACUAAUUCUAAAGAAGAUUUUGAGGGGAUUUAAGGACAGAAGCAUCGCUAAGGAUCAGAAUCGAUCGAACGCCUGGACACUGAUCAUUAGAACUAUCAAGAUCUUCCUGUUAAUGACAGAAGAUAUCAUGAAUCUGUCCAUAAAUGGCAAAUCUCAGGUUCCUCCAGGUUUCCGAUUUCACCCUACAGAAGAGGAACUUCUGCAUUACUACCUGAGGAAGAAAGUUGCCGACGAGAAGAUUGACCUUGAUGUAAUCCGCGAAGUCGAUCUUAAUAAGCUCGAGCCAUGGGAUAUUCAAGAGAAAUGCAAGAUUGGAUCCACCCCUCAAAAUGAUUGGUACUUCUUUAGUCACAAAGACAAAAAGUAUCCAACUGGGACUAGAACAAAUCGUGCAACAGCAGCUGGGUUUUGGAAGGCCACCGGCCGAGAUAAGAUCAUCUAUAGCAGCUUUAGAAGAAUUGGAUUGAGGAAAACUCUAGUGUUCUACAAAGGACGAGCACCACAUGGACAAAAAUCAGACUGGAUCAUGCAUGAAUAUAGGCUAGAUGAAAGCAUCCAUGAAACUAGCGUUUGUAAUUCAGUAGGAGAAUCAAUGGCGGAAGACGGAUGGGUGGUUUGCCGUGUAUUCAAGAAGAAGAACUUUCAGAAAGCCCUAGAGAGUCCUAAAACCUCGUCUAUGAUCUCUAGGGAUUCAAACACUCAUCAAAUACUUGCUUCGAGAAAUGACGGGGUCCUGGAUCAAAUAAUCUUAUACAUGGGAAGGAAUAUUAAUUGCAAGCCGGAAAACGAAUCAUGCGGCAACAACAUCAGUAUCUCCGACAACAGUACUACAACUAGCAACAUGAUGUUUCUCACUGCAAAGCAUAUCGAUGAAGGUCUCCAUGACAGAUUCCUUCAUCUCCCACGGCUAGAGAGCCCAACCCUUCCUUCGCUUCCCAUUUAUCAAUCAUUUGAUCAUCAUGAUGAGAUGGUCACAGAUACUCAACCAUCUUCGUUCACAAAUCAUGCUAGUGGUGGCAACGAGGACAAGACCCAGCUGGUUGAUGAUGAUGAUCAUGAUCAUGAUCAGGCCAAAACUAAUCUUAGUGACUGGGUUGCCUUCGAUCGGAUGGUGGCGUCGCAGCUUAAUGGCACCGAAGAGGCCGAGGAGACAGCCCAGCAAUUAUCCUGCUUUAAUGACCCCAACAACAUGGCUUUCUGUCCUCCUGAUCAUGACGAUGUACAAUUCUCGGACAUACGUUUGAGUAGGCAAAGUCAAAUCUCACAUGUCUACAAUACUAGCGAGAAUGACAUAUGGAGCUUCACCAAAUCGUCAUCAUCACCAAUAUCAUCAUCAUCCGACCCUUUAUCCCACUUGUCGGUAUAACCCAAGUCUUCAGUAUCUAAUAAAGUCAGCUGGUAUGUACUCUAGCUAGGUAUAAUAUAUAAGUCAUCAUGAUCAUGGACUUAACACGUACUGCAUGAAUAAUCAGGUGAUCAUGAUAUAUUCGAGAUGUACGUACGUACGUGGGGGUGGCAAUCUUAAUUUUCUUGCCUAAAUAACUAUGUUUUCGGUCCACCAGUACUAUAAUCAAUUGGCUUAGAAAAGCCAGCUAUAUUUUGGGUGCUA